AUGGGCGCCCGAGAUUUGCCAUUUGGGAUGUUAUUCUUAUCACAAGUCAGCAUUGGAAUGCUGGGGAAUUUCUGUCUUCUUUCCCACUACGUCCAUCUCUACUACACAGGAUGCAAGUUCAGGCCCACAGACUUGACUAUCCGACACCUGACUGUCGCCAACUGCUUAGUCAUUCUCUCUAAUGGAGUCAUUCAGACCAUGGCAGCUUUUGGGGUGAAGGACUUCCUGAGUGACAUGGGGUGCAAACUUGUGUUCUAUGUGUACAGGGUGGGCAGGGAUGUGUCCAUUAACACCACUUCCCUCCUGAGUGUGUCCCAGGCCAUCACCAUCAGUCCCAACAGCUCCAGGUGGGCAGAGCUCAAAGCCAAACUUCCCAGGUACAUUGGUCCCUGCAACAUCCUCUGCUGGAUGCUGAACCUGAUGGUUGAUGUCAUGGUACCUCUACAUAUGUAUAGGAGCAGGAACGACAAAAAUAUCACCAAGAAAACUGAUCAUGGCUCCUGUUACUCAGUGAGUAAAGGUGUAGUCACAAAAUCCCUGUAUGCAGCCUUCGUGUUCUCCCGAGACGUCUGCUCUGUGGGGCUCCUGCUGUGGUCCAGCGGCUUCAUGGUUCUCACCCUGUACAGGCACAAGCAGCAGGUGCAGCACAUCCGUAGGAGCAACACCUCCAGCAGGUGCUCCCCAGCAUCCAGAGCCACGCACAGCAUCCUGGUCCUGGUGAGCACCUUUGUGUCUUUGUGCACCGUCUCCACCAUCAUUCAUAUUUGCUUCACUGUUGUAGAAACGCCCAGUUGGUGGCUGGUGCACACCUCGGCACUCCUCACCGGGAGCUUCCCAGCUGUGAGCCCCUACAUUCUCCUGAGCCAUGACUCCAGAGUGCCCAGGCUCUGUUCUGGAUUCUCUGAAGAGAGAAGGCCUUGCUUCGAAUGA